UUCACCACAUCCAACCCAGAGAAGAAAUCGCCGUACGAGAUGUUGUACGGGCACCCUCCCCCGCCGGGGGCGACGUACCCGUUCCUCAAACCUGCCGUGUACAAGGUCAAGAGCACACACAAGUCCGAGCCGAAAGCCCAAACGUGUGUUUACCUCGGCCCGGGAAUCAACACCAAACGUGAUUGCGUGCGCAUCUUGAACGAAAAAUGCCAAGCGAUCGCAACUCGCAACUUCACCUGGCAAUCCGUACCCGCCGUCCCCGCCGUCCUGCCUCAGUCGUUGCCUCCCAUCAAAAAGGAGGAAGAGGAAUUCGCGACUGAGGAGGACGAGGUUGGGGAGGGCGCGUCGAGUCAAGGUGGAGGGAGGGCGGAGGGAGAACCUGUGGAUGGAGGACCAGGUUUCAACCUUGGCACGACGGCAGCCCCAGGGCCCGCGGGGCCGCCCGCGCCCGUAGCACCGGCGGCGCGGCCAGCCGCGCCCCAGGAGUCGGGCGCGGGCGACGCUGGCGAUGGCGACCCCUCGAGCAGGGAGGGCGCGCGCGUCGCCCCAACUACCACGUCGCCGGCACGGCCGAUAUGGGCGGCGGCGAGGACGACCGCCGCAGCAGCGGCGGCGGCGGCGGCGGCGGCGGCGGCGACAGCAGCAGCCGCGGUAGCUGCGGCAGCGGCAGCGACAGCAGCAGCGGCGGCAGCAGCGGCGAUGACGGCGGCAGCGACAGCAGCAGUGGCAGCGACAGCGAGACGGAUCUCCCGGCGCUCCGUGGGCCAGAGGCCCGGCGGCUCGCCCGCUUCGACAAGCCGGCGGAACUCACCAGCCGCCGCACUAGGGAGAACCCUCGCCGAAAUCCGAGUACUUCACGUGGCGGAGGGGCUAGAGGCGAGGGUGGUGCGAGAGUUGCUGUCCGAGCGCGCGCAGGAGGCCCACGCUGCGCGCCAAGAGGCGGAGGAUUUCCUGCUGGGUACGGUGGACCUCAUGCCCAACUCGCCAGACGCCUUCGAGACGGCUCUGGCGUCCCACGAGCUAAGUGAAUCCCCUAUAGGCAAGCGUCCGAGUGAUGUAGAAGCCCCACCCAUGACUGUAGCCGGCGUUGCCAAGCAGUGGGGGUACCACGCUGCUGAUACGCUAGUCGAGAACGGGUUCGAGCAAUGCAAGGCGGACCCGUGUGUUUUCCGCAAGAUGGUAGACGAAGUCGUGGUGAUGAUUAUCGUGAUUUAUGCGGAUGACAUUUUGGUGGCUGGGUCUGACGAGGAUUGCGAGGAGUUGCUUGCUUCUCUCAACAAGAAAUUUCCCACCAAAAACCUUGGAGAGUGUCAAUGGUUUGAUGGGUGUGCCAUCGAGAGAGAUGUAGAGGCUGGGACUCUUAGAAUCUCCCAAACCGCGUAUAUCGACAGCAUGGUUGAACGCUUCGAUGUGAAAUCAACUUCCCGCAUCCCCGCUACCCCUGGUGCCGAUCUAGGGCCGAAGGGAGAGGAUGAGGAGGGAGGGGNCAUCGAGAGAGAUGUAGAGGCUGGGACUCGUAGAAUCUCCCAAACCGCGAAUAUCGACAGCAUGGUAG